AUGUACAGCAAUAUGCAGGUAUGCAUUGUGACCAACUCAACUAGUAGCAUCAAUUAUCCAAAUUUACGCAAAUAUACUCAAAAGAAAACUAAUAGAGCACAAUCGCCAACAAAUUUAAAACAGGGAUCCACGCAUUUGAGACAAAUUGUUUUAGAAGUGAUGAAAAGUGUAAAAAUUGCAUUGCAUUACACCAAUGCGGUAGAUCGGAAUCAUGGUGUUGGUCAUUUUGACUGCCAUUGGGAUUGUUUAUAUCGUGAACCUCAACACAUUAGCACUCCAUAUAAAGUGAUGAGUAAAUUGCUGCAUUUUUUGUCAUUUGUUCCGAUUCCUCUCUUUUUGCAUCAUAUUUAG